GCCACGAGGUUCUCGCUUCUGCUUGCUGUUUCGGUGUUUCCUUCCUUUCUUCACCCUCUCCUCUCCUCUCCUCUCCUCUCUCUCUCUCUCUCUCUCUCUCUCUCUAUAUAUAUAUAUAUAACCCCUAUAUAUAGAUACUGACACGAUACCUGCAUUGGUAUUCAAAAGCUUCGACUUUAGUUUCUUUAUUGAUUCUUCAGUGUAAGAAGCUAUCCUCUGAGCAAUGGCGAAGGAUUCUUCCAAUGGAGAGAACAAAACAGUGACAAAGCCGCCUCCAACCCCAUCUCCGUUGAGAAAUUCUAAGUUUUUCCAGUCCAAUAUGAGAAUUUUGGUUAGUGGAGGAGCUGGAUUCAUUGGUUCUCACUUAGUGGACAAACUGAUGGAAAAUGAAAAGAAUGAGGUGAUAGUUGCUGAUAACUACUUUACUGGUUCAAAGGACAACCUAAGAAAAUGGAUUGGUCAUCCAAGAUUUGAGCUUAUUCGCCAUGAUGUCACAGAACCAUUAUUGAUUGAAGUUGAUCAGAUAUAUCAUCUGGCUUGCCCAGCCUCUCCAAUUUUUUAUAAAUACAACCCUGUAAAGACAAUAAAAACAAAUGUAAUUGGCACGCUGAACAUGUUGGGACUUGCCAAGCGAGUUGGAGCAAGGAUUUUGCUGACCUCAACUUCAGAGGUUUAUGGGGAUCCCCUUGAACAUCCUCAGACGGAGACAUAUUGGGGCAACGUGAACCCUAUUGGAGUCAGGAGUUGCUAUGAUGAGGGGAAGCGUGUAGCUGAGACUUUAAUGUAUGAUUACCACAGACAGCAUGGAUUAGAAAUACGCAUUGCUAGGAUCUUCAAUACCUAUGGACCGCGCAUGAAUAUCGAUGAUGGGCGUGUUGUCAGCAAUUUCAUAGCUCAAGCUCUUAGAGGCGAGCCCUUGACGGUUCAAGCUCCUGGAACACAAACAAGGAGUUUUUGUUAUGUCUCUGAUAUGGUGGAUGGUCUUAUUCGACUCAUGGAAGGAAAUCACAUUGGGCCAAUAAACCUUGGGAACCCAGGUGAAUUUACAAUGAUGGAACUUGCUGAGACAGUGAAGGAGCUGAUCAAUCCUGACGUGAAGAUAACAACGGUAGAGAACACACCAGAUGAUCCACGCCAGAGAAAGCCAAACAUCACAAGGGCAAAGGAAUUGCUGGGGUGGGAACCAAAGAUCAAAUUGCGUGGGGGCCUGCCUCUCAUGGAGGAAGAUUUCCGUCAGAGGCUUGGAAUCCAGAAGAAGUGAGAAUUACUACACAAAAACUGUGGGCAGCAACUGAAUUUUGCAGUCAGAUAGAUAGAUUUCUGUUGAAUUUCUUCAGAGAUGCAUGGUAUCCAAUUUUCUACGGUAUGGAGUUGGAUGUUUCUUUUAUUUUAUUGUGUUAUCAAUAUCAAGUAAAUAAACUGUGGUGGGUAUUUCUCUCGUGCAUUCGUUUAUC